AAGACGGGAACAGCUGAGCGGGCAGGGGGCGGGGCGAGGGGCGUGGCCUCUGCAACAGCGUGACGACACACACCACGUGAUCCAACGUGCAUGUCGUAAGGUUGAGGUGUUCAAACACAGGCUGGCGGACUGACAGUGGACCGUCCGGGCCGCCGGGGGGCGGUCACGUGUCUGUGUGGACGGAACCGACGAAGAAGAACUCGGCCCCUUUAUACUGCGGAGCUAGCAUGUGGAGCUAGCUGUUAGCUACGCGUUAAUAACGUUCAGCCUCCUCGUGUCCUCAGCGUCACCUCCUCUCCUUCACGCUGCCUCGCCUCUUCUUCUGUGGAGGCAGCGUUUGAACCUGUGUCCUCCUCCUCACUGUGUUUCAGAGCGAGAAGAGGACGCCGUCUUCACGCUUGCUCUUUCCUCCGGACGUCCUUUAAACACGCCGCCUGCUUCCUGCGUCCUUCUUGUCUUGACUCGUGCUGAUUGGCCGUGCAGCCUACGCCUCUUGGUGACGUCAUGUCUCAGAAGUCUCAGUUGGACGGCGGUCAGAAACACUUCGCUGUGGGUCGGGGGCUCCUCGCCGCCGCAGAGACCUUGAACUUUAGCAUGAAUGAGCAGCGGUCCGGCCGGCAGAUGGGGGGCGUGGCCUCAGGUGUUGGGGUGGGUGGCGGCGGCGGCAUGGAGGGGAAGGACGGCGGCUCCAAGAUGUCCCGGCGUGGCACUGGCAGCCAUCUUGGCAACACCAUGAAGCUGUUUGCGAGCUUGGGGCUGUCGCCCUCGGACCUGGACGCGCUCGCCGAGAUCCCCGAGGAGGACAUCAGUGUGGAGACGCUGCCGCACAUCCUCAUGACGCUCAAGAGCCGCAAAGGAGACACCGCGGAGCGCCGGGCGCCGUCCUCCAUGUCCUCUGAUGCCAGCACAUAUCGAGGUGGACGGGACAGCUGGGACGACAUGCACAUGGGGAGGAUGGGCGAUCCUUCUCUGGGUCCGGGUUCUUCCCGGGCCCAGAACUCAUCAGACUUUGGGUUUGGCUCCCUGCAGGACUCGGCGCCCGGCCGCGGCUUCGGUUUAAAUUACGGCGGCCUGGGCGGCGGCGGGAGCAGAGAGGGGCAGUACUCUGAGCUUUCCCGCCGUGACUCGUACGGCGGGCUCGGCAUGGGCUCGCAGGCGGCUGACCCGGUCUUUAUGCAGCGGAGGAUGGGCGCCCCGUCUAACGGGAAGGUCCAGGACUUUCUGGGAGUCUUGCCCGCCAUGUUCCCCCACGUCUGCUCGCUUUGUGACUUUGACGUUCACUCCACCAUGGAGUGGAACCAGCACACCAACGGACUGAGACAUGCAGAGAACAGGCGUGUGCUGCUCGACAUGUAUCCGGACUGGAACCCGGGUCUGUCGUCAGGCAGAAGUGGAGGUACUCUGGACACUCCAAACCUGUCUGCUGGUCUUCUUGGACCGGCGCCGAUGUCUUCAGUCCAGACCGGAGGAAUGAGCUCAGGCUGGGGAGGAAUUGGAGGUUCUGGUCUCUCCGGGAAGAACCAGCCUGGUCCAAAUAAGCUGAGGAGCCGGGUCGUGGUGGUGAAGUACGACAGGAGGCCGCUCAGCAACAAGACUCUGUUCGCCUUCACCGAGCCGUUCGGCUGCCUGAGGGAACACCUGGUCCUCAAGAACAAGGCCUUCCUGGAGAUGAACAGUCACGAGGAGGCUCUGGACAUGGUCAACUACUACGAGCAGAACCCGGCCGCUCUGUACGGUAAAGCCAUCACCUUCUACCUGUCCAAGAGGCUGCUGGUCAUCGAGAAAGACGAGCGCUCGUCGGACCGGACCAUGGACCGGACCUCUGACAGACCGAUGGACCGGGCCAUGGACCGACCCGUCAGAGAGGUCAAAGGUCAGAGCAGCCAGGUGGUGUUCUUCUCCAACCUGCCCAGAGAGGAGGAGAAGAAGAAGGAGCUGCUGACCAUCGCUGGACGCUUUGGCCUCGUGGAGAAACACCUGUUCCUGACCGACCAGGCGUUCGUCCAGCUUGGGACGCCUGAGGACGCAGAGAUGCUCGUCAAGUAUUACAGCGUGAACCAGCUGACCAUCAAAGGACGACUGAUCCGCCUCAACAUCUGCACCAAGUACAAGACCCUCAAUGUGAACCGCAGACAGGGGAGCGGUGGUGGAGGAGGGACCUCCUCCGCCUCCUACAGCUCUGGAGCCAGGACCUCCUCAAGCUCUGUCAGGACCACGUCUUCAACCAAAUCGUCGUCCAAAUCGAGGAGCAGAGAGGAGAAGAAGAAGGAGGAGGAGAACAAGGUGAAGCCUGAGGAGGAAGAGGAGGAGGAGGUGUCAGGAGUGAUGGAGGGAGACAAUGAAGGAGGGGAGGAGGUAAGGGAGGAGCAGGUAACCGAGGGUGACGCAGAGGGGGAGGAGCCAGACAGCACAGAGCCUGUGAAGGAGCCUGUGAAGGAGACGAUGGAGGACUCUGAGGAGGCCGAGCAGGAGAAAGAGAAGGAGGUUCCUGAAGGUGAUGAUGUCACUGAUGACACACGUGCAGAUGUGGGCGUGACUGACGGCGAUGCCAAGCAGGGGGCGGGGCCAGAGGGACAAACAGAACCAGCAGAGAGUGAAGAACCUGAGAACAAAGAACCAGAACCAGCAGAGAGCAGUGAGCUGACGGAGGAAGACCCGCCUGCAGACGAGAUGGAUCAGGACUUCCUGGACAACAUGGAGGACUUUGUGACUCUGGACGAGCUGGCAGAGGACGAGGACGAAGCAGACAGAGAGUCCGACUCCAUCGACAACUCGAGGAGAGGGGGUAUGAGGGUGGUGAACGUUGUCGGCUUCAGACGAGGUUAUAACUUCCUGAGCGAGCUGCUGGGACUCGCCAAACCUUUCGGUAACGUGGUCAAACAUCUGGUCCUGGACCUGAGACCGGAGGCAUAUCUUCAGUUUGACACUGAGGAAGAAGCUCGAGCCAUGGCCAAGUUCUACAGCAACAACAACGUGACGGCGUCGGUGUGCGGCCGACCCGUCCGGAUCAGCCACUCCAUGAGCUACCCAACCAUCCAGUGCGGGUCCAGUAAGGUGGUCUACGUGGGUCAGAUCCCGAGCAGUAAAUACUCUGAUGAUGCUAUCCUGAAACUGGCUGAGCCGUUCGGGAGAGUCAGGAAAUACUUCCUUAACAGACUGAAGAGAGAGUGUUUCAUUGAGAUGGAGAACGCUGAGGACGCAGAGCAGAUGGCUGAAGACUGUAAAGCCAACCCACCGAAGUUCAACGGAAAGCGCCUGACGGUCUACGUGAGCAGGAAGUACCGACAGCUCAAACACGGCCAUCGCUGUCCAAGCGGCGCUAAGAGAGAAAACAGCAGCUCACCAACAAAAGCCUCCAAACAUCCUGAAGAACCUCCAGCCAAGAAAUCUAAAGGGAAACCAGAAGAGGAGGAAGAGGAGAAAGAGGAAGAGGAGGAGCUGAAGGAGGAAGAAGAAAAAAAGGAGGAGGAGCAGCAGGGCGGUGAUGUGAGCUGUGUUGAUGAAAAGACGGAAGAAGAAGAAAAGUCGUCCGAGAAGCUUCCUGAAGAUCAGAACAAGACGAGCUGUGCAGAUGUGGAGGUGAAACAGGAAGUGGAGGUGAAACAGGAUGAAGAGGAGAUGGAGACCACCUCGACCAAUCAGAAUGGACAGACGGAGCAGCCGCCGCCGCCACCAGCUGAGAUCAAACCGAGUGCAGCGACUCUGCCGCUCCCGCCGUACGACCCCGACAACCCCAUCGGUGUUGAACAUGUGAAGAUGGGUUAUUACUGCCGCGUCUGCUUCCUGUUUUACUCCAACGAGGACACGGCCAAGAAGACACACUGCAGCAGCCAGCAACACUACGACAAGCUACAGAAAUAUCUGGAGAAAGAACAAACCAAAGCAGAGAAGAAGAAGGGGAGGAAGACGAUGGCAUGAAGACUUUAAUUUGACUUUGAAUUUGAACUCUGAGCUGUCGUCAUGGAGACGAUGUUUACCUGACAGACAGGUGAAUUGUGUGAAUGAAUUCCACUGUAAAAAUAAAAGUUAAAUAGAUUUUUGUUUCAUGCCAAAAUAGUUUCUAAAAGUUCAACGUGAGAAAAAUGAUUUGAACGUUUGAUUUUGAUUUGAAAUAAAGUGUCGACACGUUUUCAACCCGCUGUAAAACAUGAAAAAUGUCUGUGAAACAACUCAAAUAUUUUACAGUGUAGUCAUGUUCUUCUGCUCUGUUAGCUUAGCUUAGCAUAAAGACUGUAAACAAAGGGAAAAGGUACUAUUUCCUGACAAACAGCAUAUCCAUCCGCUAAGUGAAGUCACUUCAGAGGAGCUGAGCGGAGCGAUAUCAGAGUCAGUCAGAAAAUAGAUCCAACUGAAACGACAAACUGAUUUUAUGUUAAUGAGAUGUUAACGAAUCGAGAGAUUUAAAGUUUGUUUCAAUUUUGUGAAUGUUUGUUUUUAUAAAAUAAAGUUUUUUUUCCUCAAAGUGA